AACCAGAAAUUUACUCAACCAGUAAGAGAGGGUGUGUAUUGCCUAUAUAUAAGAUGUUUGAUCACAAACGGGCCAUGAAAACCAUUCGACAUGUUGUGUCUGUUGAACUUGAUCGUAAUUUUAAGCUUCAUAAAUAGAGCUUACCUUUCAGAAAUAGUAGCACAAGGAGACACAGAUGUUGUGGUGGGUCGGGAUGCUUCAUUCUCUUGUACGCUGCCAAACCCGUCUGGAGUCAAACAUGUCACCUGGCAGCGGGUGCGCGCGGAUCAGUCUGUACAAAUUCUGGCAACAUUCAGCGAACGCUUCCAGGAUAAUGUGGAUAAGGAGUAUGCCGAUAAAGUCACUUUGACUCGGGCGUCACUUAAUUCAACAUCUAUUGAGAUCAAAAACACAACAUUUGAAGAUGAGGCUUGCUACAUUUGUUCCUUCAAAGUGUAUCCAUCAGGACCCAUACGAAAAACCAUGUGCCUCACUGUUAAAGGUAUCUCAGAAAUAACAGCGGAAAUGAAUCCUUCACCCAGUUCUGAUCAGGUUGUAGUCUCAUGUUCAGCCACCGGUAAACCAGCUCCAACAAUCCAGUGGAAAUCCACAGAGGAAGAGAGAAACUUCUUGUCAAAUGAUUUCACAACACUAAACAAAGACAGUUCAACCACCAUUACAAGUAACAUCACAUUUUCACUGUCACAAUUUCAUGGGAAGUACGUGGAAUGUUUGGCUCAGAGUGACGGUGUGGAGAAGAGCUACCAAAUCUAUGUGUCUCAACAAGAUGAUAAAGUGAACAACACUACACAAAGAAGUUACAUCAUUACAUCGGUCAUCAUUGUCAUGACUAUUGUGGUUAUUGUAAUUUUUGUCAUCUGUCUUCACACCAAACUAAAGAGAGACAGUUUUGGUAUGAAAUCCCUUGAUGACCUACAGGAGGAAUGUUAACUCUGCAGCUAUAUCAUAGUAUGUUUUUUCAUCUUCAUGAAUGUGAAUUUUUGGAUGUUCCUUAGAGGAAUCAUAACUGUGGUGUCUAGUAUUUAUUUAAUUUAUUUAUUUACAUACAUGCUUUUUACAUAUUUAUGUUUACAUUACUGUGAACUGUUAUUGCAUUAAUAUACACAAUAUUUUUACCACUGUCAGUGUAUUUUGACCACAGAGAACGACUGUAAAACAGGCAUGUAAUAUUCAUGAUAUAACUCAUGUAUUAAUUUAUCAGACUCAUGUAUUUGCACUUUAAAACCCAGUUGGUUGAAUGUAAUGCUUGAAUGUAAUGUAAUUCUUCUGAAGUUGAGUAUGUGACAGUAAUUUAUAAAUUUAUAAAUUCAUAAAUGUAAGUUUUGAUGUUUUCCCAUGAUCCAUGUCAUGGCUCACAGUGGUAAAGUGCUUUGUUGAGCAAAGACAGUGAAAAAACAUGAAACUGAGAAAAAACCUAGUCUUCAAGAGUUACAAAGUGAAAGUUAUGUCAUUAUUAGACACAGAUACUGUUUUGUGGUUUCCUGGAGGAAACUCUAAAGGCUGCUUAGAGAGAUUCCUAGUUUUGUUACUAUUGGCAGUAUUUGUACUUUGUUCACUGCAGUAAUAUUACUGGAAGUGUUUAGAUGGCAAGAAUGACUGGCAAGUAAAUCAUAAGUGUAUAUAUGACUGCUUUACCCAACGGUUCUGUGUAUCAAUUCACAACACCCUUAGGAGACACUCUUAGCAAUGUAAACUGUAUGUUCUCAAUCUAUAUUGUUCAUUGAACUGUAACUGUAUUAUGCAGAAGAGUGUUGAGAGAAAGAGAAAGAGAUCGAAUGACUGAGUUUAUUACCUGCAUUCAGAUGUAGCAUUUUCCUUCAGGUCAGUACUAUGUUCAUAAUAAAAAAAUCUGUUUAAAUGUCCGAUGUAUUAUCUUGUCCUUUUAACCAUUAAGGGUUUUUCCUGUGACUGACAGUGCUAGUUAAAGCAUUUGUCAGUUGUGUCUUGUUCCAUGUUCACAACAAUUCAGUCUUUUCAAUGUAAAAGUUUUCGCUAUUGACUGACACACUCAUAAAGACAGUCUUUACCACCAUCUAAUGGUGUAAUAAUGUAACUUCUGUUGCUGUUCACAGUCAGGGACUAUUUUUUUCAGGCAGAAGGAAGGCUUUUAGUGAAAGUUUACUUCAUGAAAGUUGCAUUGGUAACCGUUUUCAAUGCAAUUGCGCAUUGUAGGUUAGAUGUAAGCAAUAAGGUACUCGAGGCUAGUGCUGUAUCGUGAAUACACUAG